CGUCCGCCCCCCAUUCUACGCGCCUGCCGCACCCUCCUCCCCUUCUUCCGGCGUCCCUGAGUGGAGUCCUGCGGGCGCGACGCAGCCCGAGUUGCCGUCUUUCCUCCCGGGCAAAGCUGUGACCCCCCCCACGCGGGAGCGGCGGGGCGGGGUGGGGGGGCCCGGGAGAAGAUGGCGACGCCGGGAAGCGAACCCCAACCUUUCGUCCCCGCUCUCUCGGUAUCUACUCUGCACCCACAUCAUCACCCCCACCCCCACCCCCACCACCACCAUCAGCACCACGGAGGAACCGGAGCCAGCAGCGGGGCGGGCGGCGGCGGCAGCGGGGGCUUCAACCUGCCCUUGAACCGGGGUCUGGAGCGCGCGCUGGAGGAGGCGGCCAACUCUGGGGGGUUGAACCUCAGCGCCAGGAAAUUGAAGGAAUUUCCCCGGACCGCGGCCCCCGGGCACGACCUCUCGGACACGGUGCAGGCAGAUUUAUCUAAAAACAGACUGGUUGAAGUUCCAAUGGAAUUAUGCCAUUUUGUGUCACUGGAAAUCCUUAAUCUGUAUCACAACUGUAUCAGAGUCAUUCCUGAGGCCAUCGUCAAUCUGCAGAUGCUGACGUACCUAAACUUGAGUCGAAAUCAGCUGUCCGCCCUGCCCGCCUGCCUGUGUGGUCUGCCUCUCAAAGUCUUAAUCGCAAGUAACAACAAACUUGGAUCAUUACCAGAAGAGAUAGGUCAGCUCAAACAGUUAAUGGAGUUGGAUGUCAGCUGCAACGAGAUCACCGCACUGCCCCAGCAGAUAGGCCAGUUGAGAUCUCUACGAGAACUGAAUGUCAGAAGAAAUUACCUUAAAGUUUUACCACAAGAAUUGGUAGAUCUUCCCUUGGUAAAGUUUGACUUUUCCUGCAACAAAGUGCUCGUGAUUCCCAUUUGUUUUAGAGAGAUGAAGCAGCUGCAAGUGUUACUGCUCGAGAAUAACCCUCUGCAAUCUCCUCCAGCACAGAUUUGCACGAAGGGCAAGGUGCACAUAUUUAAGUAUCUGAGCAUACAAGCAUGCCAGAUUAAGACAACUGACUCCCUUUAUCUCCACACCAUGGAGAGGCCACAUUUACAUCAGCACGUGGAAGACAGAAUGCCUCCAAGAGAUUUGCUUUUCCAGAAUGAGAAGGGUUGUGAAUUACCUUAUGUAGCUUUCUGUUUCAACUUUGGCCAAGAUGUUACCAUUCAUGUCAGGCAAUCUCAGACCCCAGUUGCCCUUCAUUAUGGGCCCUCUGAUGAAGACACCGUUAGCCUCAAUGUGCCGAUGUCAAAUAUCAUGGAAGAAGAACAGAUCAUCAAGGAGGACUCGUGCCAUCGCCUUAGCCCAGUGAAAGGGGAAUUUCAUCAGGAAUUUCAACCGAAGCCUUCCCUUUUGGGUGACAACGACAACUCAGGAGAGGAAAGAAACCAGUUUAUCGAUGGAGCAGAUGUUCUCCAUUCGGAAUUUGUGAACUAUAAGGCCGGGGCGGAAGACUGUGAAGAACUGCUCCGGAUAGAAGAGGACGCGCACUGGCAAGCUGAGGGCACAAUAAGUUCAUCCAAAGAUGAGGACAUGGAUAUCGCUAUGAUGGAGCAGCUGAGAGAAGCAGUAGACUUGCUGCAGGACCCCAGUGGAUUAAGUCCAGAUAUUACAGAGAGAAGUGUUUUAAACCUGUAUCCGACAGGAUCAGCAGAAGCCUUAGAAUUACAAGAUUCUGCACUAAAUGGUCAGAUACAGCUGGAGACCUCUGCGGGGUGUGAGGUGCAAAGUGACCUAACAUUACAGAGUAACGGGAGCCAGUAUUCUCCAAAUGAGAUCAGAGAGAACUCCCCUGCAGUGUCUCCUACCACAAACAGCACAGCUCCUUUUGGCCUGAAGCCUCGAUCAGUGUUUCUAAGACCUCAGAGAAAUUUGGAAUCUAUAGACCCACAGUUUACAAUCCGGAGGAAAAUGGAACAGAUGAGAGAAGAAAAAGAGCUGGUGGAACAACUCCGUGAGAGCAUCGAGAUGAGGCUGAAGGUCAGUCUGCACGAGGACCUGGGGGCGGCACUCAUGGAUGGCGUCGUCCUCUGCCAUCUGGUCAACCACAUCCGCCCACGGUCCGUUGCGAGCAUCCAUGUCCCCUCACCAGCAGUUCCCAAACUUAGCAUGGCCAAAUGCAGAAGAAAUGUGGAAAACUUUUUGGAAGCAUGCCGAAAAUUAGGAGUACCAGAGGAAAAACUGUGUCUACCCCAUCACAUCCUUGAAGAGAAAGGCUUGGUCAAAGUGGGCAUUACGGUUCAAGCGUUGCUAGAUGUCACCGUAACGAAGACUCUAUUCACAUGAAACCA